GCUGCUGGAGUCUCUUCCCCCUCAAAGAAAACCACCCGUGGCAGCUCAGCGAGCGGCAUGGCUGGCUUGGAGCGGUGCGCGCUGAGGAUGAGCGCAGCCUUCGUCUCAGCCUCGUGAGGCGGGAAGGAUGGGGGCGAGGAUGCUGGUCCCCCCGGCGUCACACCGGCGGCUGGGGCGAAGCCGCGACCCGAUGCCGGGAGCGCCGUGGCCGAGUUGCCCGUCGUGGCCGACGUACGCGGCACGCAAACGUGACGGUGUGUCACGGGUGUUUAUUUAUAGAGCAUUGCUGUGACUCAGGUGGCCCGGUCGCCGGCCCGAGGUGAGCGCCGGCCGGCAGGCAUCGGCCCCGGAUGACACCGCCAGUGUGCCGGCGUUGAGGAAGACGAGGGAAAUGGUUUUGCUGGUGUCUUGGUGCUCCAGGGAGCCGGUUGCAUCAGCGCCGCGAGCGGAGGAGGCAGCGCACGGACUACAGCUGCUGCCUCUCUCUUAUCACCGGAAUAAAAUUUGAGGGGUUUUCCUUGUUCAGGAGUGAUGCGCUGGAAACUUGAAGUCAGGAACCAUGUGAGCAGAUGAACGCACCUCGGCGUGACUUUUUUCCCCCCCCCCUCCUCCUUUUAAAACGAUCCAUGUCUUAACCGGAGGGAAUGUGGACCUGAGUUUCCUGUUUGCUGUGUAAGCAGGGUGUGAAUCAGCAGCGAUUUACGGUGCUGCUGAGCGGAGCUGCUGACUCACAGGUAGGAGCACAUGCCUCCAGCUGCUGUCCCGCGUUGAAAAGGAUCAACCGGGCUUCUUAAAAAGGCUCUUGCUGGGACGCCCAAGCCCAGACCUCUUGUUCAGCUCGCCGUAGUGCAGCGUGUGGAUGUGUGGAUGGAGGGAAAAGAUUCCAAAGGAUCCUUGGAGCCGCACAAACCGGUGAAAAGCAAGAAGAAACGGGAACUGAGGAUAACAUGCGUCCCCAUCAAACAGCCCGUUGCCAACACAACGCCCCCGAGGAACUUGGAUUCCAGAGCAUUCAUUACCAUCGGAGAUAAAAACUUCGAGGUGGAAGCUGAUGACCUGGUGGCUAUUUCGGAGCUGGGCCGCGGAGCUUAUGGCGUGGUGGAGAAAGUCCGGCAUGCACAGAGUGGCACCAUCAUGGCUGUGAAGAGGAUUCGAGCGACUGUGAACACUCAGGAGCAGAAGAGGUUAUUGAUGGACUUGGACAUCUCCAUGAGGACAGUCGACUGCUUUUACACCGUCACCUUCUAUGGAGCCCUCUUCCGUGAGGGUGAUGUGUGGAUCUGCAUGGAGCUUAUGGACACCUCCCUAGAUAAAUUCUACAAGAAAGUACUGGAGAAGAAGAAAACCAUCCCUGAAGACAUUUUGGGGAAAAUGGCUGUGUCUAUUGUACGAGCUCUGGAGCAUCUGCACAGUAAACUAUCUGUAAUCCAUAGAGACGUGAAACCUUCCAAUGUGCUGAUCAACAAGGAGGGACACGUGAAAAUGUGCGACUUUGGGAUCAGUGGCUACUUGGUGGACUCGGUUGCGAAGACCAUGGAUGCUGGCUGCAAACCUUACAUGGCUCCGGAAAGAAUAAACCCUGAGCUGAACCAGAAGGGCUACAACGUGAAGUCGGAUGUCUGGAGUCUGGGGAUCACAAUGAUCGAACUGGCCAUUCUCCGCUUCCCAUACGAGUCCUGGGGGACCCCCUUCCAACAGCUCAAGCAAGUGGUGGAGGAGCCCUCGCCCCAGCUGCCCGCCGACCGCUUCUCCAAGGACUUUGUGGACUUCACGGCGCAGUGCUUAAGGAAGAACCCUGCUGAGCGAAUGAACUAUUUAGAACUUAUGGAACACCCUUUCUUUACCUUGCACGACACCAAAGAGACUGACAUGGCCUCCUUCGUGACAGAGAUCCUCGGGGAAGACUCUUAACUCAAACCUCAUGGCUUCGUGCAGUCCCCUCCAUCCUGGCUUCCCCGCAGAAGAGCAAAUGAGGACUCGAGUUAAUGGUGGUUUGCACAAAUCGCGCUUCCCCAAUCUGUGGGCAUCUCUGGCCCCAUCCGGCCUUGCAAUCUCUUUUCUCUUUGCCCUGUAAAGAAAAUCCCCCAGAACGAGCCUUUUGAAGCCAACACCUUUCCAACUAAGCCACGGAGACUGAAGGCUCUGGAGUUCCCUGCUGAUGCCAGCAUAUCCCUCGCGGGGAGAGGACCGUGCCUGAGCGGGGCCGGGGCAGAGGCUGCCAGAGGACAUCUCCCCUCCCCAGCACCCUGGUACACAGCGCAGGGGGUUUGUGUUUCUUUGCUUCCUGGGGAAGGCAGAGAGAAAAAAAAUGCUGCUGCUGUGCUUGCCCCACUCUUCUCCCCUGCCUGCCCAAAGCCCCUUCCCCAGAGUCUGGUGUCGCUCGCCUUCCCUUUGUGCCUGGCUCUCUGCCCCCAGGAGCCUACGCAGCUUUUUAGGGGGAUGUGGGGUUCCCUGUGUAUGCUGCUGUUCACACCAGAGGCUGUUUUAAUGCCUGGCUCUGACAUCUUAAUGACCCUUUGAGGCAGCACCAGACUGGGCGUUCCCCUCCCUCAAUUGAUACAGCACUCCCUUGAGAGGGGGCGGGGGAAAAAAAGCCCCAAACCUUUUUCGAUGAGCCCACCUUGACACAAGCCGCGACCCACGCUGUCCCAGCGCCUGCCCACGGGACUUCAUCCAGCACACAGCGCUCCCUUCACGUGGGCACAAGGUGAUGGAGGGACAAGCAGGUCCCCGGGCUCUGCUUCUUGCCUCUCCAGCCCCGGGCUGGGAGGACACAUCCCCGCUCCGGGCAUCUCACGCCUUUCGCAGCCCCUGCCUCUGCCUUCCCUGGCUCCUGGAGAAGAUGAUGCUCCAUCUCCCUUCCAACCUGGAGCUCAUGUAAGACCUCACACUGUGACACCCGCUCGGUUUGGAGGCUCUGCUUGCACCCUUCGUGUCCCAAACUGCCUUCAAACCCUCCAGCUGCCCGCCGAGGUGUCAGCCGAGAUCGAAACCCCAGUGACUCGCCUGGGGGCUGCCGACAGUUGUACAUUUUAUGUCUAUAUAUAAUGGACUUUGUAACAUGUUUCCUAGUUUUAAUCUAACUUGCUAUAAAUUAAAGCCCUUCUGUGUGGGAGGAGGGAGGAGCAGUUCCUUCUCCGCUAACAAAUCCACUGUGAAAACCUGAUGUGUUUCCCCACUCUCCCAGCCUGAGCACUCUGCAAGGUGCUACGGGAGCAAAAGGGAUUUCUGUCUUCUACUGUAUAUGAUCACAGGAUAAACGCACCGGCUGUGGAUUUUGUUGUUUUUUUUAAUAGAUUGAGUUUUCAGAGGGAUUUUUUUUUUUCUUUUCUAAUAUAUAUUUGUGUGUGUGUAUGUGUGUGCGCAAUAUACAUAUAUAUAUUAUAUAUUUUUAAAUCAAUGAUGAAUGCGUGAAUGUCUAUGCAGCCAGCAGAUUUGGUGAAAUGGCUAGCAUUUUUCUGGCUUAAUUUGGGGUGGUGGGGACGGGGUCACUAGAAAACGCUGUGGUUUAAGAGACUUUUUUUUUUUUUUUUUUUUAAAAAAAAAAGGGCAUCUAUUUUUUAACUGAGUCUUUAAAAAAUAUUUUUCCUGAAAUUCAUGCCCUGGAGGUCUGGAUUUCAGGGUGCAUUGCCAGCAUUCGGGGUCCCCCACCCAAUGCAGAAUGAUGUCCCCUUAAAUUCAUUGCUCCCCGCUCCUGCAGCCCAGGGUUUGAAGUGGUGCUGGGGUCCCUCUGCCUGGUCUUGGGGCUGUUUGACACCAGCUUAUUCCUGGAAGCUGCUUCAGGGCAAAUGGUUUUCAGCCCUCCUUGCCCCAGUGCUGGGGCAUCACCCAGCAGCUCUUUUCCCCCCUCUGAUCCCUUUCUCUGAGACGACAAACCCUGGGAGAACCAGCCCAGGCUGAGCAGGACAAACCCUGUUCGGCUUUGGUUCAGCCCUGACCCCCCACCUCACCUCUUUAUAUAAAAUAAGAAAGUGAUGGAUGUUCUGCACGUCUCUCUCCUCGGUCCCACUCUGCAAACCACCCGAUGCUCUCCGGGAGCACCCGCACCCUCACCCGCUUGGUUUGACACUUUGCAGCUGAGAUGUACAAUUGUAUUUUUUUUUUUGUUUGUUUGUUUUCAUAGUUGGUUACUUUGGAUUGUUUUUUGUUUUGAUGUUGAGCUUUUGUGUUUUCCCCUUCUCUCCUUGUUUUGACCCCUUUCCCCUUUCUUUAUAUCACCCUUUUUGGGGCUUUGGGGAAUGGUGAUUUUUUUUUUUUUUGCAUGUUUUGUUUUGCCUUUUUUUUUUUUUUUUUUCUGAAUUUCUCCUGGAGAAAAUCCCGAUUCCUUUAUUUUGGGGAAAGGGAGCAUCUGCCCUUUCAAACACGGGGGAGAUGCCUCUGGGGUGCGUUUGGGCCCCUGGGGAUGAAGCAGGGCUCUGCUGAAGGGGCAAAUACUCCACAGCCGUGUGCCAUCUGCUUCAUUCAACGUGGGUCUUACCUGUCCCCACUUCCCACAGUUUCUGUCCUGCUGCGUCCCCUCUGCUGUCGUGGGAGGGGGGACACAGCAGCAGCCCUGGGGGGGAUCCAGCUUGGCUUUACGCUCGACAAGGAUUUUGGUUUGCAUCGGAAGCCCCUCUCGCCUUGUAUUUUUGAGAACGGUCUGUACUCAUGUCUAAACCCAGACGUUGUUUUCAAUAAAAUUCACCCUCCAA